ACAAAACAAAAUAGAAUCAAUAAAAAAUAAAAUAUACUGAAUACAAAGUUUUUUGAUAAAAAGUAAAUAGAAUGAGUAAUUUUCUUCAAUAAAGAUAGAUGAGCUCAGGAAUUAACUACUCAUAACUAUAGUCAAAAAAGAAGUUGUAACCAAUAACUUAGUCAUAAUAGUAGCAGUAGCAGUAAUAGUAGUUAUAGUUGCAAACAAAUUUAUCAAGCUAAUAAAUAUCUUAAAACUCUUAAGCAUAUGCUAUCCAAACCUAAAUUGGCAAUUACACAACUGCAAAUGGACAAGUUGGUAUAUUGAGCGCUUCUAAUCAAUCUACAUAAGGAAAUUCUCCAGCUUUUCAUAACAAUUACUACUUUGGAAAUAUUUUCAACAAUAACCAAUAAAUGUAGCAUUAACAGUAAUAACAACUUCAAAAUAGCAAUAAACAGCUAUCCAACUCCAGCUCACCAAAAUCCUAUCUAGGAUAAAGUAUGAACUCAUUCACAAAUUCAAGCGGAUAUAUUGAGAGUUAACUAGGUUUGCAAAAGCAGAAAUCAUAAAAUAAUGGUCAAACUCAUUCGACAUAAAUGUAGCAUUAAUAUUAAUAGCAAUAAUAAUAACAACAAUAAUAGAACUAACAAUCAAUGCUUUCAGGCAGUACUCAAAAUAAUAAUCAGUAGCCAAAUUAACUGAGCUAGCCACCAUUAAUAUAAUAACAAAGUAAUAAUUAAGGAGAUUAGCUCUUCUCUCCUAACUCAAUGAAAAAUAAAAAACUUUACAUUGAUACAAAUAAUAAUUUCUACUUUUCAUAAUAGAAUGCUGGAUAUUUAUCAAAUUUAAAGCAAGGAGGUGGAAUGAAUACUUAAUCAAGCUAAACAUAAAAAGGAUUUACCACCAUCAGAAAAAAUUAGCCCAAACAAUAAUAGCGCUCACCAACACUUUAGGGUAGUCAAUCACCUAAUUUAAUAAAUUAAGGAGGCUAUAACAUUCUAUCAACAUCUUCUCCAGCAUCUACAACCAAUUAAAAUACAAUGAAUUACUUAAACAGUAGUGGCUAAUCGAACACUUAAGGAUAAGCAGGAAAUCACAGCUUAAAUUUAUCAAAUAAUUCAAUCAAUAGUAACAAUAGUUAAAAUGUUGGUAUUCCUUAUUCUGAUGACACUAGAUUCAUAAAAAAAACACAACAUUUUAUAAAGAGUUUAACCUCAUAAAACGGUACUUGGAAUGGAAAUAAUCAAGAAGAAAUAGAAGAUUUAGAUGAAUCAGUAUUAGAAAUGAUGAAAGAAUGUAACUUAUACGAACAAGCUCAAAAAGGAAUAAUUCCUGAUGCUGAUCCUACGAAAUUUUCAAUAAAAAGAAAUGGAAUAGUCUGCUGCUAUGCUGCUAAAACACAUUAAGGACUAGUAAGAAAUUAUAAUGAGGAUAGAGUUUCAAUAAUUCUAAAUAUCAUGAAACCUUAAAAUAGAUAAAGCGAUGAGCAAUGGCCAAAAUGUUCCUUUUUCGGAGUUUAUGAUGGACACGGAGGAGUUAACUGUGCAGAUUUCUUGAGAGAUCACUUACAUUAGUAUGUCAUCAAAGAUUAGAAUUUUCCAUGGAAUCCUAAAGAAGCUAUUAAAAAUGGUUUUGAAUAAGCAGAAAUUUAGUUUCUAAAACAAGCUUAAUCGUAAAUUAACAGAGGGGGAUAACUAGAUAGAUCAGGUAGUUGUGCUUUGGUUGUCUUAAUUGUGGGUGAUACAUGCUAUAUUGCAAAUGUAGGAGACAGCAGAGCUGUUAUGAGCUAAGAUGGUGGUAAAAAUAUAUAUGCUCUAACUAGAGAUCAUAAGCCGAUGGAUGAAGUAGAAAAUUUAAGAAUACAUGAAAAUGGAGGAAAAGUUUACCAAACUAAAAUUCAAUAGAUCAGCACUACAGACAGAAAAUUAGAAGAUCCACAAACAAUAGUGGGACCUUAUCGUGUACUUCCUGGAAGACUCUCUGUUACUAGAACUUUUGGAGAUAUUGAAGCAAAGCUGCCACGUUAUGGAGGAAAUCCUAAAGUGGUUGUAUCUACACCUGAAAUUAAAUCAUUUAAAAUUCAGCCUAACCAUGAUUUCAUAGUUAUGGGAUGUGAUGGAAUUUACGACAAAUUAACAAGUCAAGAAAUAGGACAAAUAGUAUGGGAUACCACUAAAAAUGAAGCUUUAGGAGAAAAUAUUCACGAGUUUGCUGGUAAAUCAGUUGAGAAUAUAAUGAAAUUAUCUAUAGCUAGAAAAACUCUUGAUAAUAUUACAGUAGUUAUGAUAGGCUUUGAUAAUAUAGAAAAACUUCUCUUUGACAAACAUGCUAGUUCUAAUGAGGCUUAAAUAACUUAGAUUACUCAAAAUGAAUAAUCUAUUGUUCCCAUCCCAUCUAACUCUUUAACUGCUAACAAUUAAUUAGUAAAUAAAAAUCAGAAAAUUUUAUAAAAUAUUUCAUCUUCUGUGAAUUCAGCAUAGAGUCACGGGUAAAAUUUUGCAUCUCACAACCUAAUUUCAAAGAACGAUGCAAAACCUUAAACAAGUAUAAUUGAUAAAAAACAAUCAAAUUUGAGUCCACAGCUUCUUGUCCCAUUAGAAAAAUAAAUAAAGAAUGGAAAUAGCUUAAAUCAAAGCAGUAGCAGCACUGAGUAAACUCCUUUGAGUGAAAAAGAUUCCAAUUUAGAAAAUAUAGAAUAAAAAUCUACUUAACUGAGUUAUUAAAGUUUGGUUUCGAGAUUGCCAUUGAGUAAUUAAUAAAAAAAGAGAACAGCUGAAAAUAGCUAGGAAGAAGUUUAAACAACCAGCCUUAAACAAUUAAAUAGCAUGAGCAAAACAGGGUACGCAACUCGCUCUUCCAAAGUCGGAUUGGACAAUUAAAAUAAUUCGUAAGCAGGUGUUUAAUUAUCUCCCCUUUAUAACACUUAACAGUUAUCAGUUAAAAUAAAGCAACAAAAUAUUACAAACACAUCUCAAGGUAAAAUUCAGUAAAUAAAUGGAAUUGUUACUGGCGAAACGAAAUUUAGAUAAAAUUUGGUAAAAAAUUUAAUAACCAAAUGAAUGAAACAAUAUACUAAAAUAAACUAAAUAAAAUGAUGAAUAUAAUUUUUUUUCCUAUUAUCAUCUUUGAAAGAAAAUUGACCAAAGAUAGUCAAAAUCAACAAACUAAAACAUAAAGUACAUAUAUUUAUGCAAAAGCUCUUAUUAAAAAUAUUAAAAAGAAAAUCUAAUUGUUGGCUAUCUUGCUAACACUCCCUUCUAAACAAUAAUAAAAUAUACAUUUAAAAAAUCUAUAUUUUAAAAUAAAAAUAAUUAUAUCUUAUCAUUUAAAUAAAUUAUCACCU